UUCCAUGGGAUGACCAGUGACGACACAUGGGAUCUGGAGAGCUGGGGCUGGACGGUGCUUUCCAGCUACUCAUCUUCAGCACAAGACUUUGAGAGGGAGCUCAGGAUUGGGCCCGUCUACGAGUCACCCAGGAUGUCCAGACGCAGUCUCCGUCUGCACACCAACACAAGUCAUUAUGGAGAUGACGGUCUGCUUGACUCGUCUCUAAACCACAGUGCCUCCUUCAGCCGUGACCAGACACUGAAGAGCAGAAGAGCUCAUCACUCUGUUUUAGGGACACCACAGAUUGUUCAAACUCCGAGGUCUGCCUCAACGUCAAUCCUGCAGGCCCAAAACAGCACACUGAACAGCUGUGCGCCCAGCAAUGCCUCUCUGCUGUCCUCUUUCUUAGACGAGUCCUCCAUACAGCAACACACCCUAGUCGACAGCUUCUGGGGUUUGGAUGAAGACUGUGAUGUUAAGGAUCAGACAAUCAUUGCACACCACAGCACAGUGGAGGCCAAAACACAGACCUCUACAGCACAGAAUGGCUACAUUUGCAAAGACUGCCCCAAUGCCUCUCCAUCCAAGAAUAACAGUUCCCUUCAUGAUGCUACUGGGCAUCAGGCGCCACCCAGCACAGCCUCCUAUCCAAACACUACGUUGUACUGCAGGGACAAGAAUCGCAAACACAAGCCAGGUUUGCUGGGGAGGUUGUCUGAGACGUGCCUGCAUAACAGAAAGAGAAUUGCUGCAUUUGUAGUGUACAUGUGCACAAUACUGAUGCAGACGGCUCUGCUCAAAGGCCUGCUGUCAUCAGUGUUGCAGUGGUGUGUGCGAGUGUGUAAGGGAAUCGCUCGCUCUACAGCCACUGUGCUGAGGAAGACACUGCAGUCUGUGCAGCAGAAGAGAGCAACCUCCGGCUGUGCUAACGGAGGCAAUGAGAAAUACUACAGCAGUAUGAGUGUUAAAGAGGUAGUGCUGCAAAAGGAACGACCGAAGAUCAGCGGCGUACUAUGUGAUGACUGCAAAGGGAAGCACAAUUUUGCAACGGACACUCAUUCUUCCCAGGAAGAGAAACCUGUAGUGACCUUAUGGUCACUCAUAGUUUCCACAGGGAAGACAACCUCAGGAAGCUUCUUGUUGCUGGUUGAUUUCUUUGCAAAGUGUCUCCCUAUGCUCUCGAAAGUCCUUUUUCUUGUACCUUUCCUUCUGUUUCUUGCUUUGUGCUACUGGGGGCCGUCCGGACUGUUAGCCAUGCUGCCUUCUGCUAAUGUGAUGGUGUGGAGAGACGCUUCCCAUGUCACCCCUCCAUCCACCUCCAUGGGCGACUCGGAGGAGAGACAAACUCCCCCUGACACACACACUCAGAGGCCCUCAGUUCUGUCGUUGUCGUCGGUAGAGGCGGAGAGGUUAAUGCGUUUAGAGGACAACUUGUCUCAGCUGUGGGAUCGAGUAACGGGGGGUUUGCUCAGGCAGGAGGAGCAGCACACUGAAGUGCUCAGUCUGUAUAACACGCUGCGCUCAGAGCUCCACACAGAGAGACUCACAGACCGAGAGGGUCUGGGAAAGUGGAUUGGAGACCUGCUGGAGGAGCGAUUCAGCCUGCUGAAAGGCGAGGUGCAGAAAGAGGCCAAGUACACGCACCAGCAUCAGGAAAAGCAUGCAGAAGAGCGUCAGUCAGAGAACACUCGACUCGCUGAAGCUGAGGCUCUCCUUCAGACGUUGGCACGCAAAACUGAGGAGUUGCAGAGAAAACAAGGCCCUGCUUUUAGAAAGAUUCCUGAGGCUGAGGCGCCUGCCCCUGAUCCUCACAGUGAAGAGGCUGAGAGCAGCUCCAGUGAGGAUUUGCUGGCAGAAGUGAAGCGGCUAGAGGACACUUUGGAGCGCAUCAGAGACGAUGUGCAGGGGCUGAUGGGAUGCAGAGAAAAGUGUGAGCAGCUGGACUCCCUUUCAGUCUCGGUAUCCGAGCAGGUGGAGAAGGAAAUCAGGUCUCUGUUUUAUGGCAGCGACAAAGCAGAAGACCUGGAGCUUCCUGAAUCUCUCUUGCAGUGGCUUUCUGAUCACUUUGUGAGCACCACUGAACUGCAGGCUUCACUCAGCGCUCUGGAAAGCAGCAUUCUGGGUAACCUGUCCCUUCAGGUAGAGGAAGGCCAGUCACCUUCUAAAGAGACGAUCACCCAAACUGUACGACAAGCCACAGGGGAGGCAGGCCUCUCCGAGGAACAUGUACAGUUGAUUGUCAACAAUGCGAUGAAGCUCUAUUCAGAAGACCGCACCGGUCUGGUGGACUAUGCAUUGGAAUCUGGAGGAGGCAGCAUCAUAAGCACACGUUGUUCAGAGUCCUUUGACACCAAAACUGCACUGCUGAGUCUGUUUGGGCUUCCAAUGUGGUACUUCUCCCAGUCACCUCGUGUAAUCAUACAGCCAGAUGUGCAUCCUGGGAACUGCUGGGCAUUUAAAGGUUCACAAGGUUAUCUGGUGAUCGGGUUGUCCAUGAAGAUUGUGCCUACAGCCUUUUCUCUAGAUCAUGUGCCCAAAUCUCUGUCGCCCACCGGAAACAUCAGCAGCGCCCCACGGGAGUUCAAUGUAUUUGGUCUUGAUGAUGAGCAGCAGGAAGAGGGGCAGUUGCUUGGACAGUUUGUUUAUGAUGAAGAUGGAGAUGCUCUUCAGACCUUUUUUGUAUCUGAGGAGGUCCCGAGAGGUUUUCAGAUCAUUGAGAUGAAAGUGCUGUCUAACUGGGGUCAUCCCGAAUACACCUGUGUGUACCGUUUCCGGGUUCACGGGAAGCUUCUUGAUGAAGAACUUGCAAGCAGUUAAGACUUUAUGAACUCCUGACAGUCUGUCACUCAUGCACUGAAAAAAGGAAUUGAGCUCUUGAGAAUAAUGUGCCAUGAGUUACACAGUUGGGCCUGGGAUGACCUGAGGACAUCUGAUAAAGGAUCGCAUGCUGGUACAUGUACUGUUAGGCCUGAGGGCCAGAUUCAGCACUUGCACUCUUCUGAAGCAUCACACAGCUUCCACUAUUGUCAGUCAUCAGGGUUAUGCUUUUUUUUUUUUUUUUUUUUUUCUGUCGUUAUUAUAUAAUUGUUAUCAUUAUUAUACCCUAUUUGGCAGGAUUGUCACCAG